AUGCACCACCAGGCCAUGGGCGACGCGCUGUGGGACAUUCUCGGGGAGGAGAUGGCCGCGGCGGCGGGCGAGCACGGCCUGCCCCCCGGGUUCCGGUUCCACCCCACUGACGAGGAGCUCGUCACCUUCUACCUCGCCGCUAAGGUGUUCAACGGCGCCUGCUGCGGCGUCGACAUCGCCGAGGUGGACCUCAACCGGUGCGAGCCCUGGGAACUCCCCGACGCGGCGAGGAUGGGGGAGAGGGAGUGGUACUUCUUCAGCCUGCGCGACCGCAAGUACCCCACGGGGCUGCGCACCAACCGCGCCACCGCCGCGGGUUACUGGAAGGCCACGGGCAAGGACCGGGAGGUGCUCAACGCCGCCACCGGCGCGCUGCUCGGCAUGAAGAAGACGCUAGUAUUCUACAAGGGCCGCGCCCCGCGCGGCGAGAAGACCAAGUGGGUCCUCCACGAGUACCGCCUCGACGGCGACUUCGCCGCCAGCAGCCGCUCCUGCAAGGAGGAAUGGGUGAUCUGCAGGAUAUUCCACAAGGCAGGAGACCAGUACAGCAACAUGAUGAUGGUGAAGAGCCCCUACUACCACCCCAUGGACCCCUCCAGCUUCUUCUUCCAGCAAGACCCUCCUGCUGCCUUUCCUCUCCCAAACCCUAGCAGCUGCACAAGCCUCGCUCUCCCAUACCACCAUGGCCACCCCACCAUGCUGCCUCCAUUGCUGCAGAACAGCCACAGCAGGACCAACAAUGGCGGCUUCCCUGCAGCCGCCGCUUGCAUGCAAGAGCCGAACAGUAACAAAAAUACAUGCAGUGCCGCCAUGCCCAUGCCCCCCUUCCCUUCCUUCACCUCCAUCGUCACUGGCAGGGCGGCCCCACCAUCGUCCCAGGUCGGAGUCAACGCCGGUCUACAGGAGGCGCCGCCACCACCUACCUGGCUGGAGGCUUACCUGCAGCACAGCGGCUUCCUUUAUGAGAUGGGCCCACCUGCAGCGCACAGGGGCGCAUGA